AUACUGAGCAUCUCUAUACAGUAGUGUUCGAAGAGAUCUGUGGGCGUUUUGGAAAGACCUAUACCUGGGAUGUGAAAUCCUUGGUCAUGGGUAAAAAAGCCCUUGAAGGGGCACAGAUUAUUCGAGAUGUUCUAGACCUUCCAAUAACCAAAGAAGAGUUAUUACAUGAAAGUAAAAUGAAGCAGGAGAAGAUAUUCCCUACUGCUGAGUUGAUGCCAGGGGUUGAUAAGCUGAUCCGUCAUUUACACAAACACAACAUACCCAUAGCUGUUGCCACCAGCUCAGCUGAAGUGACAUUUCAGAUGAAAACAGCCAGACAUAAAGACCUCUUUGGUCUUUUUCAUCAUAUUGUGCUGGGAGAUGACCCCGAGGUGAAGUGUGGCAAGCCACAGCCUGAUGCAUUUCUAGUUUGUGCAAAGAGAUUUCACCCUCCUGCACCUCCAGAGAAG